GCUUUUUUCUUCUUUUAAAAACGAACUGCUCUCCUCGACAGAUCAACUGCUCUCCUCGACAGAAUCAAGUUGCUGUUCAGUAGGAGAGGUAUUCACCCAGACCUUCUACUCUGGAGAGCUUGGCACAGUUGUCCAGCAAAAUGCAGCGACUCACGUGUGUUCUCAUCUGGCUAUUCCUUUUGGAAGGACAAGCCUUCGAAAUACCCAUAAAUGGGUACUCUGAAUUUGCAGAAUAUGACGGUCCUGUGGAGCUGGCCCCAAACAAAUUCCCCGUUGUAGAGAACGGAAGAAGAUACCAGAGAAGCCUUCCUGAAGAAUCAGGGGAGGAGACGGACGAUGUUGAUCAAGUAACUCUUUAUAGCUACAAAGUCCAGUCGACUAUUACUUCUCGGAUGGCCACCACUAUCAUCCAGAGCAAACUGGUGAAUAAUUCCCCACAACCCCAAACUGUCGUGUUCGAUGUUCAAAUCCCCAAAGGAGCCUUUAUCACCAACUUCACCAUGACCGUGAAUGGUAUGACAUUUACAAGCACCAUCAGAGAGAAAACUGUGGGCCGAGCUCUUUAUUCACAGGCAAGAGCCAAAGGCAAGACGGCCGGAUGGGUCAGGAGCAGAACUCUUGAUAUGGAGAACUUUAACACUGAAGUGAGCAUCCCCCCUGGAGCAAAGGUGCAGUUUGAACUUCAUUACCAGGAAGUGAAGUGGAGGAAGCUGGGAUCCUAUGAACACAAGAUUCAUCUGCAGCCAGGGAGGCUGGCCAAGCACUUGGAGGUGAACGUGUGGAUUGUUGAACCUCAAGGGAUGAGAUUUCUUCAUGUUCCUGACACAUUUGAUGGCCACUUCCAAGGUGUUCCAGUCAUCUCCAAAGGACAGCAGAAGGCACAUGUCUCCUUCAAGCCCACAGUAGCACAGCAAAGAAAAUGCCCCAAUUGCACUGAGACCGCAGUGGAUGGAGAGCUGGUGGUGAUGUAUGAUGUCAACAGAGAAGAGAAGGCUGGGGAGCUUGAGGUAUUUAAUGGAUAUUUUGUGCACUUCUUUGCUCCUGAGAACCUGGACCCAAUUCCCAAAAACAUCCUUUUUGUUAUUGAUGUUAGUGGCUCCAUGUGGGGAAUAAAGAUGAAACAGACCGUGGAGGCAAUGAAGACCAUAUUGGAUGACCUAAGAACUGAGGACCAAUUCUCUGUGGUUGAUUUCAACCAUAAUGUUCGAACUUGGAGAAAUGACUUAGUGCCAGCUACUAAAACACAAAUUGCAGAUGCCAAGAAAUACAUUGAGAGAAUUCAGCCUAAUGGAGGCACAAAUAUCAACGAGGCACUCCUGCGAGCAAUUUUCAUUUUGAAUGAAGCCAGUAACUUGGGAUUGCUGAGCACCGACUCAGUCUCUCUGAUCGUUUUGGUUUCUGAUGGAGAUCCAACCGUGGGUGAACUAAAAUUGUCCAAAAUUCAGAAAAAUGUGAAGCAGAACAUCCAAGAUAACAUCUCCUUGUUUAGUUUGGGGAUAGGAUUUGAUGUCGACUACGAUUUUCUGAAGAGACUGUCCAAUGAAAACCGUGGUAUUGCUCAACGGAUCUACGGGAACCGGGACACAUCCUCUCAGCUCAAGAAAUUUUACAACCAGGUCUCCACUCCACUGCUGAGGAAUGUUCAGUUCAACUACCCCCAGGCAUCAGUAACAGAUGUCACUCAAAACAGUUUCCACAACUACUUUGGAGGCUCUGAGAUAGUGGUGGCUGGAAAAUUUGAUCCAAGUAAAGUGGCUGAAAUUCAGAGCAUCAUCACUGCGACUUCGGCUAACACAGAAUUGGUCUUGGAAACCCUGAGUCAGAUGGAUGACUUGGAGGAUUUUCUAUCAAAAGACAAGCAUGCAGACCCUGAUUUCACCAAAAAACUAUGGGCCUAUCUCACGAUCAAUCAACUGCUAGCAGAGAGAAGUCUGGCUCCUACAGCUGCCAUCAAAAGGAAAAUCACAAAGACAAUCUUGCAGAUGUCUCUCGACCAUCAUAUUGUGACUCCGCUUACUGCCAUGGUGAUUGAGAAUGAUGCUGGGAAUGAGCGCAUGCUGGCUGACUCCCCACCCCAGGACCACUCUUGCUGCUCAGGUGCAUUGUAUUAUGGCACCAAGGUUGCCUCAGGUUCCAUCCCAUCGUGGGCCAGUCCAUCCCCGACCCCAGUGAUGGCCAUGCUUGCCGGAGCGAAGCCACUUGAGUCCACUCCGCCUCCACAUGUGAAUCGAGUGGAAAAUGACCCUCACUUCAUCAUUUACCUGCCAAAAAGCCAAAAGAAUAUUUGUUUCAAUAUUGACUCAGAACCUGGAAAAAUUCUUAGCCUGGUGUCUGAUCCAGAAUCAGGGAUUUUAGUCAAUGGUCAGCUUAUUGGUGCCAAGAAGGCAGAGAAUGGAAAACUAAAAACCUACUUUGGAAAAUUGGGAUUUUAUUUCCAAAAAGAAGACAUGAAAAUAGAAAUCAGCACAGAGACAAUCACCCUGAGCUAUGGUUCUUUUACAUCUCGCUUGUCCUGGUCUGAUACAGCUCGUCUUGGGAAUCAGAGGGUGCUUAUCUCCGUGAAGAAGGGAAAAUCUGUGACUCUGACCGUGGAUAAGGAGAUGUUCUUUUCCGUUCUGCUGCAUCAUGUGUGGAAGAAGCAUCCAGUCAAUGUGGACUUUCUGGGGAUCUACAUCCCCCCCACAAACAAGUUUUCACCCGGUGCACAUGGACUCUUAGGUCAGUUCAUGAAUGAGCCAGAGGUCCAUAUCUUCAAUGAGAGAGCAGGAAAAGAUCCCGGGAAACCAGAGGCAAGCAUGGAAGUGAAAGGUCAUAAGCUGACCGUCACCAGAGGCUUACAGAAGGACUACAGGACAGAUAUUGUGUUUGGAACAGAUGUCCCCUGCUGGUUUGUGCACAACAGUGGGAAAGGUUUCAUCGACGGACACUACAAGGAUUACUUCGUACCUCAGCUCUACAGCUUUCUCAAACGGCAUUAAGGGUUUGUGGUUUUGGAAAUUGUAUAUGUACAUUUUCUCCCUGACCCUUUUGGCAGUUUUCCUCAGCUCCAGCAACUCAAAACAAACCCAGAUGUUAGAGUGGUCUAAAAGGCCUGCUAAGAAAAUAAACAUUUGCAAAGAA